AUGGAGGAUGAUGCAACAGGUAUGCUGGGGGAACAUGUUGCAUCACCAAUAUGGGAUCUCGUUGACUUCACAUACCACCCCGAAUACCAUGAUGCACGAUUGGUAAUUCUAUGCAAAGGCCAAAUGUUUGUCAUCGACAUGGACCCCGACUACUUCUCAGACUCACUUGAUCAAAAAGAGAAAUACCUCUUCUACAUCCAGGUCGCCGAUGAAGGUGAAAUAAAUGGCUUUGUGGAGGAGGAUUUCUGGGACUGGGCUGUGGCUCCCCUCAUGCCAAUCCUAGAGGCAUUGCCGCCUUCGACUGGGCUGGAAUCUGUUCAUGAUUUUCUCUUCGCCAAGUGCACCCAAUACAAACUGUGUGCCGGACCUAGUGGCCCAAUUGCCACUCUCGACGAGCAAGCCAGCUCUUAUGGCUCCUCGUUUCGCGUGUCGCUCUCGGAGCGUGAGUGCGCGCCAUUCCGCGCAUUCUCUCCGUCAGCGGUCAAGAUUUUCAAGGGAGACAUAUCUCCACCGUCUCACUGGGGUCAUCCAGAGACGGUCCUUCUGCCUGACGGAACAAUCGCCCAUCUUCGCCUAGUUCACAGCGGCCAUCUUGCAUUGCGUCACCAGCUCGAGGCUUUUCGAAAGAUAAAUGAAUCGGUUGGCAGCGAUACCUUGGUUCAGAGGAUGCAUGGGCUACUCAAGAGUGAAAACGGCCAUGUCCACGGGCUCUUGCUAUCUCACAUUGACUGCAAAUGGCAUGGGAUCCAUUCUGCUGCCAGUGAAGAAGAUGCAUCCAUGAGACCGAAAUGGGCUGCGCAAAUCCGACAGUCCGUCGAAAGACUACAUGCGGCUGGCGUAGUUUGGGGUUAUGCCGAUCCUGGAAACGUCCUAAUUGAUCGGAAUAACGACGCAUGGAUUGUUGGAUGCGGCAACGGAUACACAAAAGGUUGGACGCCCAAAGGGCUGGCCGGAACAAAGGAGGGCGACUGGCACGCCGUUGAGAAGAUACUCGGUUUUCAAUACGUGGACGACAGACAAUUCUACUUUGAGCGUAGGUCGUCAACGCUCAACUACCCGCGUGGAGUUUCUGAACAGCCAAGCACAAAAUUGUAA